CUAUCGUGGGUUCCUCUUUGACCGAACUUCUCCGUCCAACAGCGACAACGCAUCAUCGAUCCGUUAGAUAGUCGAGCAUCGUACCGCAUACAUCAGCAAAUAAAGGGACUAUGUAGUUAAACCUAUAGAGUCGCAACGGCAAUCCGGUUUGCUUUAGGUACCUAGUUAGGAGGCGACAACCUACAAGGCAGUCGAAACUUAUGCAUAAGUCCUAGAACCAUACCCGUCGUCGGAUCCAGCGAGUACCUUGCUUCGCAGGGAGUUUCGUAUUCAACAUUAGCCUACACUUCCGCUGUGCUCGCCUUACCUUUCAUGAUGAUGUCCCGAUUUUGGGGUCGUAGCCGCGACAACAUAUCGCCAUACGCUUCACAAACCGACACUCAGGGCGUGCCUCAUAUCACCGAAGAUGACUUUAGCUAUAUAACGUCCGAAGAUCUUGAAAAUACCCUACCAUCUUCUUCCCGGGCCUAUGACCCUCAAAGUCGACGAGCUGCACCUCCUGCUAACCUCGACGAUGACGUUCUCCUAAUCAAAAACAAGGGUGUUACAUAUCCUGUACAUUUCCCUGCAUAUUCUAUCGGCGAUGGUAAACUACUUGUGAGAGAUGUGCGGGUUCGCGUGGGAUUGGUCAUGGAUCUCAGCGACCGUCGGACUCAUCGUAUGAAGAUGCUCUACAAAGGCCGUCAACUCACAGAGCAGGAUGUCCCCAUUCGCGACUACGGUGUGAAGAACAAUAGCGAGUUGUUAGUUGUAGUACCUGAGGGGAAACUAAGCGAUGAGGAUGACGAGAGCAGCAGCGAAGAAGUCAUCGUCGCAGAGGAUCAACAGAAGCCGAAGAAGACCAAGAAGAACAAGGGUCGGAAGAAGAAGAAAGAUCGCAUCGAUCCCCGCGAAAGUACUGCAAAUCUCGAAGUACCUGGGCAACGAGAACGGGAGAGUAGGAAGCCGUCCCCAGAUCCAUCCAGGGUAUCGUCUCCCGCAGUACCUUCAGGGCCUCAAGAAAAGCUAGACGCGAUCAGAUCCCAUUUCGACGCACAACUCCUGCCAGUUUGUCAGCAGUUUUUAGACAACCCGCCGAAAGACAAAAAGAGGUUGGAAGAUGAACAUCGGAAGCUAAGCGAAACGAUCAUGCAGCAUGUGUUGCUGAAAUUAGACGAGGUAGAUACGGGAGGUGACCCGGAUGUUAGAGCGAGGAGGAGGGAGCUCGUGAAGUAUGUCCAGGAUGUCUUGAAAGACAUCGAUGAGCGUCUACCUCUUUCCAGUAGACCUAAGGAUAGGUGAUCUAUGAGCAUGCAUCUCUUCCUUCUUGCGGGUUCUAGAACUACCAUAUUUUCCGAGCUCACCUCUACCUUAGAUUGCUGUCUAAGCUACUUCAUCACGAUAGCAUCUCACUAGUUCUGCCUAGCACAUAUCUGAUUAGCAAAUGGCGGGUUCACAGGCCAGAUAGAUAUCGAUACAUUAUCACAAGACGGGUUGACAAUGUUAAUAUUGUACCCAAGGAAUGGUUACAUAGAAGGAGAGAGAAAAAUAAAGCAAGUCCAAAUGAAUAGGAAAUGGCGAGAUCCUAGGUACCUACCUAUAUAUCAAAAUAUACAUUUAUAUGGCUAGUGAUCAA